AUGGAUGAUCAAUCUCAGGAUUAAUAAUAAUCAUUCAAAUUUGAAUCAGAUAAAUUCACAUCGACCUAAUAUUUUGUAAAAUUACUGCUGUUAGGAGAUACAGGAGUAGGCAAGAGCUCGUUGAUGUAUAGAUUCUCAGAUUUAGAAUUUAAGUAAAAUCUAGUAGGCACAGCGGGUUUUGACUAUAAGAUGAAAAACAUAGAAUUCAAUGGCAAGAGUGUUAAAAUAUAGAUCUGGGACACAGCUGGCUAGGAAAGAUAUCGUACACUUACUAAAUCCUAUUAUAAUGGAGCGGCUGGAAUAAUUUUAGUGUAUGAUGUGACUGAUGUAGUAAGUUUUCAAAACUUAUCAUACUGGCUCAAAAAAAUUAAAAAGCAUGCAGACGAAAAUGUAGAAAUUAUACUUAUUGGAAAUAAAAUUGACUUGGUAAAUGAUGUUUCAGUUUAGUCAGACUUAGCAGUUAAUCUAUCAACAGAAUUGAAUAUUUAAUAUUUUGAAGCUUCUGCUAAGGACUCUUUCAACGUUGACAGGGCAUUCAAAACACUUCUCAGCAAUAUAAUCAGCAACGAAAGACUUAAAGACAAGAUUACAACAUCAGGCUAGCAUAAUAAUAUUAAUAAUUUGGGAUCGAUUAGACUUGAAAGGAAUGUUCAAAGAAAAUAUUCAGGAAAAAAUGAUAAGAGCAAGUGUUGUUGA